GUAAUCUGUGCAUAUUUGGUGAUUUUUUGUAAAGUUCGUGCGUAGGUAAAUAAAUAAGAUUUAUUUUACGUUUUAAAAUUAAUUACAGUAAUUAUUGGGAAUUGAAUUGCUCUUGAAAGUGCCGGUAUUUUCUAAUUAGUAAACCCCGAAGUAGUUAAUCGAGAACAAUUCUUGUUGAGGCCAUUGCAGUAGAGGUGAGACUGGGGGAGGUUUGAUGUUAGAGGAGGAAGAUGAGCAGCCAGCACCAGUACAUGUCGGCGACCAGCUCCGGCGCCGGCUCCAGCAGUCGGGUGGGGGAGAUCGAGCAUAUAAGCCACCUGUCUGAGAACAUUGGUUCACUCUGCCUGUCUGCGGAGUACUCUGAUGUGACGCUGGUGGUGGAGGGAGUGCGCAUCCCGGCGCACAAGGUCAUCCUCGCCGCCAGCUCCGACUACUUCCGCGCCCUGCUGUACGGCGGCAUGCGGGAGGCUAGUCAGGCGGAAGUGGAGCUACAGGCACCGCUGCAGGCGUUCAAAGCACUCUUGCGAUAUGUCUAUUCAGGACACAUGGGUCUCUCGGUGCUGCGCGAGGAGACAGUGCUGGACAUGCUGGGGCUGGCGCACCAGUUCAACUUCCAGGAGCUGGAGGCCGCCAUCUCGGACUAUCUGCGGCAGGUGCUGGCGCUGAGGAACGUGUGCUCCGUGCUGGACGCCGCCAGGCUUUAUGGAUUGGAUGGAUUGAUGAAUUACUGUUUCAACUUCUUGGACAAAAACGCAGCGGAAGUGCUUGUACACGAAUCCUUCUUGCAGCUGUCUGUUGAAGCGCUGCAGAGCCUGCUAGAGAGGGACUCGUUCUUCGCGCCCGAGGUGGACAUCUUCAAGGCGGUGUGCCGCUGGUUCGACGCCAACCAGCAGUGGGUCAAGUCGGAGGCGGGGCAGGCGCAGGUGGAGAAGAUCCUCAAGUCGGUCCGUCUGACGCUGAUGAGCCUGGAGGAGCUGCUGACGGUGGCGCGGCCCUUCCCGCUGGUGACGGCGGACAUGCUGCUCGACGCCAUCCAGGAGAAGACCAGCACCAGCACCACCGACCUGAGGCACCGAGGGAUACGCAUACCAGAAGAGAAUAUCGCGACGCCCAAGCGCGGCGCUCGCGUGAUCACGGGCGACAUGCGGUCGUCUCUCCUCGACGGAGACACGGAGAGCUACGACAUGGAGCGAGGGUACACGCGGCACAGCAUCAGCGAGGAUAAUCCUGGAUUGAUAGUGAGGCUGCAGGCCCGGACCAUUAUUAAUCAUAUUCGGCUGCUGUUGUGGGAUAGAGAUAAUAGAUCGUACACGUACUACAUCGAGGUGUCCGUGGACCAGAAGGAGUGGGUGCGCGUGGUGGACCACAGCCGCUACUACUGCCGCUCCUGGCAGAACCUCUACUUCGAGCCGCGAGUCGUGCAGUACAUUAAAGUGGUCGGCACUAGCAACACUGUUAACAAGGUGUUCCACGCAGUGGCGCUGGAGGCGAUGUACACGAGCAAGGUGCCGCCGCUGUGCGACGGGCUGGUGCGGCCCGUGCACAACGUGGCCACCGUCGAGCUGUCCGCCGUGGUCAUUGAGGGCAUCAGCCGCACCCGCAACGCCCUGCUCAACGGCGACACGACCCACUACGACUGGGAGGGCGGCUACACGUGCCACCAGCUCGGGCCCGGCGCCAUCGUGGUGCAGCUGGCGCAGCCCUACCUGCUGGGCUCGUUGCGUCUGCUGCUGUGGGACUGCGAUUACAGGCACUACUCCUACUUCGUGGAGACGUCCGUCAACUCGUACGAGUGGGAGACGGUCGCGGACCGCACGAGGGACGCUUGCCGAUCGUGGCAAGUGCUGUACUUCACUCCGCGGCCAGUUUCCAUCAUCCGUAUCGUUGGCACCAACAACUCUGUCAAUGAGGUGUUCCACCUAGUUCACCUGGAGUGUCCGGCUCAGGUGGACGACGCGAAGGAAGACCCGGUGGCCAAGAAACACCGCCCCUCGCCCGACAACCGACUCAACCCUAACAACAACAACGAAUCCCCGCCGUCCCCGUCAUCGGGCGACGACGUGGCCAGCGACGCCGCGUCGGACGGCUCCAGCCGCCCCUACCCGCGCCCCGCGCCGCCCCCGCUGCCGCCCCCAGAGCCUGCCACCGAGGCUGAGGAGUGAGCGAGAAGCACGUGUGAGCGAGAUGGCAGAUGAGUGAGCGAGAGAGCAGAUGAGUGAGAAAUUGUAGAGCGUUGAUAAGAUAAGAUAGUCUAACACUGGAGCAAUGCAAACUAGUACUACUACGGAUUGUGAGAUUUUUUGUUACAGCUAAGUAAAAUUUUAGAUACCCUAUAUUUUGUAAAGCAGUCUCUGUCGGUUUUCUUUACUUGAAACUUGAAUGUGAGUUUGAUCAAUGCUAAGUUUCUUGUUAGUUAUUUUUAUCACGUGAUAGAGUUUUAAAAAUGGUUUACACACAUUUACUUUCAAUAUUCUAUAAAGUAUAAAUAUUGGUUAUUUAGUAUUUUAAGUGUUGGGUUUUUACUAGUCCUUCUAUCUGACCGUAUGAAUGAAAUCCACAAUAUGUAUUAGCCAAUAACAAAAGUUAACCUUAUGUAUAAACACUAAUUAUUAUGAUGUGGCGGUAAGGCUACCA